AUGGAGGGAAAACACCACAGCUGCACAUCAUCCCAGCCGCACAAGGGCCCCUGCACUGCUGUGCCGCUCAACGCCACUCACUCACACCUUAGCCGCACCAUCACAGCGCCCUUCGGCCAGGGUUGGGGGCACGCAGUCACUUCCACGAGCGCAGCAGCACUGCCUACAGAGCAGCAGAGAGAGGAGAGAGGCAACGAUGCGGAACAGUGCACACACCGCAGACACAGCAGCAGCAAGUCUUCUCGACACUCUUCCACUCUCAGAUCUUCACAACGAACCCCAACACCCCCAAACAAGAAAUUAAAACACUUCUCACCGCGGAGAAGCACCCCACCACAAAGCCCAAGUGGCGUCAGUGCUCCCUCCCGUCACUGCGAUGGCGCAGCGGAGAGGCAACAAGAAACAAAAACAACGGGGUGA